AGCCCUGCUGAGACGAUGGAUGAACAGGAUGCUGCAGCCCUGACUCAAGCACGGAUGGAUCCCCGCUGUAAAACAGUGGAUGCGGAGAAGGACCUGGUGGACUGGCAGAAGCCCUUGCUGUGGCAGGUGGGCUACCUGGGGGAGAAGUAUGAUGAGUGGGUGCACCAGCCUGUGGAUCGUCCUAUCCGCCUCUUCCACUCGGAUUUCCUUGAGUCCCUCUCCAAGACAGCAUGGUACAUGGUGUUCAUGGUGUGGACUCCUGUAGUACUCUAUCUCAGCUGGGUCAGCUACACCUCCCUCGCCCAGGGCAACACCAGGCUCUUCUCCUCCUUCAGCACAGAGUACUCCAUCCCCGUCCACAAAUACUACUUCCCCUUCAUCUUCCUCCUGGGGAUGUUCCUGUGGUCCCUGAUAGAGUAUCUCAUCCAUCGCUUUGUCUUCCACAUGAAGCCACCUGCUAGUAACUACUAUCUCAUCACCCUGCAUUUCUUGCUGCACGGGCAGCAUCACAAGUCUCCCUUUGACAGCUCCCGCCUGGUGUUUCCUCCCGUGCCAGCCUCGCUAGUGAUGGGCUUCUUCUAUGGCGUCCUGCAGCUUCUGCUGCCCGAGGUGCUGGGGCUCUCUGUGUUUGUUGGGGGGCUCUGCGGCUACGUUGUCUACGACAUGAUGCACUAUUACCUCCACUAUGGAUCACCGAAGAAGGGCACAUACCUGUAUGGCCUGAAAGCUUAUCACGUCAAGCACCACUUUGAACACCAAAAAUCAGGCUUCGGCAUCACCACUCGCUUCUGGGAUCACCCCUUUGGGACACUCAUCCCUGAGGAAACCUUUGAGAAGGAGAACUGA